AUGGAAUGAUCUGCUGUAUAUAGUGAAAUCAAAACAAUCUGUCAAGCCUACUUUAUGGGAUAUUCUGCCAUCGUUUGUACAUUUUGGUCUCAAGAAUGAGUGUAUGAAGGUGACAAAUUGUGUAGAUUACUGGGACACAAGCAGUUUUGGCUGUUAUGCUACAAAAUGUCAUGAGUGUGCCUUAUGCCGUGUCACUUUGGAAUUGUGGCCUAGCCAAAUCAGUUCUGGAUUUGUAACCACAUUUGUCAAUAUUGCCUUCUUCAAGCACAGCCGUUGAAUUUGUCAUGGAUCGUCUGGAUGUAUUGGGGGAAAAUGAAGCAUUGCAGCAAUUCUUUGAAGGACAAGAUUUGCACAGAGCUCUGGACAAUCCAAUGGUGGACACAAGGAUGCUGGAGGAAUACAUAAGCAGUGACUUUGGAACAUUAUUACCGGACUCACCACCUGAUUCUGGAUCAGAGCCAUGUUCGCCUCCACAAAUCAAUGGUGUAAUCCACACUCCUUGCUGGUCCAAUGGGUUUCAGCCCUCCCACCCAUCACAUUCUUCACUAUUCUGCCGAUACAUGGAGCGAUCACCAAACCCUGUCUCUGGAGUCCAUUCUUUCAGUGCUUCACAGGACAACUGCAUGAAAGGGAAUAAUCAGGGGUCUCAAUGGAAUGGUUCUCCAACACCAUCCUGCGUGGAAUAUACUCAUUCGUAUACUCCGCAGAGGCUAUCUCCAAGCAGCAGGACUUCAUUUUCUUCAUCAAAGAAAAGGAAACUUUCACAUUUGGAAGAAAACGAGAAAUGGCCAGAGACUUGGAAUAGAGAUACAAGACAAACAUCACCAGUAGAUUGUAUCAUGGACAUACACGGAUAUGACAGUGACGGACAAACAGUGUCUUCUAUGGACAAAUGUUUUCAAUCAUUAACGUGGAAACCUUACCAGACAUCACACUGGAGCAGUCUGCAUAAUGCCCUUUCCGAGCAAAUUCCUGCCAUGGGGUAUCAAGUAAUCACCGACAAAGGAUUUAACUUUUCAACUGUAGAUGAAGCUUAUGUAUGCCAGAAAAAGAACCACUUCCAAGUCACAGUUCAUAUCAGAGUACUUGGAAACCCCAAAUACAUCAAAACACAGCUGGGCCUGAUUCCUAUUGAAAGCUUUUAUUUGAAAGUAUUUGGGGUAAAGGUAGAAUCUAUGAACCAGACAAUCACCAUUGAGCAGUCUCAAUCUGAUCGCAGCAAGAGACCGUUCCGCCUUGUUACGGUACAUUUGCCCCCAGACCAGGUAACUAAAGUAACACUGGGAAGGUUACAUUUUAGCGAAACUACUGCAAAUAACAUGAGAAAAAAAGGAAAACCAAAUCCUGAUCAGAGGUAUUUCAUGUUGGUGGUUGGUCUGUAUGCUGAGAGUAAGGAAUCCUCCUCUCUGGUAGUGGCUCAUGUUUCUGAAAGGAUCAUUGUAAGGGCAUCGAACCCUGGGCAGUUUGAGAAUGAUAAUGAUGCCCUUUGGCAACGAGGGCAUAUCCCAGAUACAGUGGUGUCUCAUGGUCGUGUAGGAAUUAACACUGACACGCCGGAUGAAGCACUGGUUGUUUGUGGCAAUAUGAAAGUGAUGGGGACAGUGAUGCAUCCGUCUGACAGAAGAGCAAAGAGGAACAUUCAGGAGGUUGACACAAUGGAGCAGCUCAGAAGAAUAGCUCAGAUGAGACUGGUAGAGUAUGACUAUAAACCUGAAUUUGCAACAGCCAUGGGAAUAGACUGUGUUCAUGAAACAGGCAUGAUUGCUCAAGAGGUGAGAAAUGUUUUACCACGGGCUGUUAAAGAAACUGGAAAUGUUACAUGUGAAAAUGGAGAUACAAUUGAAAACUUUCUCAUGGUAGACAAGGACCAAAUCUUUAUGGAAAAUGUGGGUGCAGUGAAGCAGCUUUGUAAACUCACAAAUAAUCUUGAAGAAAGGAUUCAGGAGCUUGAAGUGUGGAACGAUAAGCUUGACAAACUAAAACGGAUAAGCAGCUUAAAAAAAACUGCAACUGAGCGGCCUCCUUCAAGACUCGGCAGAAUUAGUGCUGUACCACUUCAAAAGAAACCUGUCCCUGUAAAAGCAAAAAAGGUCAUUGGGAGGAAAGAAGACAAUUGCCAGAUCCCAAUUAAACAGCAGCAGUGCCCCAAAAGGAUUUUCCAGGCUACAGUAAUAGCUUUGAUCUCUGUUAUGGCGCUCUGUGCUAUGACCAUAUCUACGUUAUAUAUCCUGUAUGUGCAAGAAGAAGCCACUGAGAGAGAACAGCUGCCACAGAAUAAUUACACCAGCAUUGCAAGCUCGAUACGUCCUUCUAUUUCCACAACGAUGAUGGCUGUAAGCUCGACUACAGCAGUAAUUACUACAUCAGUUGAAGAAAUGGAAAUAAGUUUCUGCGAAUUCUUCCCCUGUAAUCAAGAGCACUGCUGUUCCCUUCAGAAUACCAGGCUGAGACGUAUCGUUUCUGAGAGACUGCAGACAACAGAAAAGAGAAUCCUCAGUAAAGUUGUACCUAAAAAACGCUGGCUUGACAGACCUUCAUUUUCAACUGACUGGAUUGACACAUCAAUCAGCUCUUUAAAGAUUGUUGAGAAUCAGCAAAUAAUAGACCGGAAGUACUGCAGCAAAAGCCUGGAGUGUGGGUCUGGAAUAUACAGCUAUGUCAUUCCAGUGAAUAAAUACACGCCUAUAAAUAUGCGGAUUACUUUAGAGAUUAAUACUACAGAGCCAUUGAUUGUCUACCAGUGUAAAAUGAGGCUGGGAAAUAUCUGUAACCAAGGAUUAUACAAAAGGAGUAAGAGCGAAGAGUCUUCAGAGGCAACUCAGGGUCUGCAGCAUCACUGGAUUCUCCCAGUGACCCAGCUGUUUGACAGUGAAUAUCAUUUCCGUGUGGCUACUCCGGAUUUUGCAAACUGUGCAACAGAUCCAAACUUUGCUGGAUUCCUCUUCACAGACUAUUAUUUGUAUUUUUACAGAGAUUGCAAAUAGAACUGUCCAUCUGUACCACACUUGCCUACUCUCCUGUAAUGUCCAGGAGACUCUCGAAUUUUGAGAAGCUCUUAGAGGAGAUUAGACAACCCUCCCACAUCAUCCCGUCCACUGCUACAGAAAGUGGGCAGGGACCUAAGAUUACAUGAUUCACUGUGAAUUGCUACAUUGUGGCUUUACCUCCCACUGCACAAUGCAACAAACUGCAUCAUUUUGCAGUUGUGGUGGAGCCAUAAUGAUGUAAUUCACAGCACGUUGUCCCUGGGACCUCCCCCUCCAAGAACUCAACAAGGGGAGUGCCACAUAGGCAGGAACUAU